AUGGCAUCUAGAGUUUAGUUCGAAAACUCCAACGAAAUCGGAUGUUUCGCCAAAUUAACAAACACCUACUGCCUAGUCUCCUCAGGUGGAUCAGAAAACUUCUACUCAGUCUUUGAAAGUGAGUUGGGAGUUCACAUCCCAGUCGUUCAUGCUUCUCUUGCAGGAACCAAGAUUGUUGGAAGAAUGUGCGCAGGAAAUAAAAAUGGACUUAUUGUCCCUAUGUCAACCACUGAUGGUGAGUUGAUGGCAAUUAGAAAUAUGCUACCAGAGUCAGUUAAAAUCCAAAGAGUAGAGGAAAGACUUUCAGCCCUAGGAAACGUUAUUUCUUGCAAUGAUUAUGUCGCCUUAGUGCACCCAGAGAUUGACAAGAACACUGAAGAGAUUAUCGCUGAUGUACUAGGAGUAGAAGUAUACAGAACUACUAUUGCAGGCAAUGCUCUUGUUGGUUCAUAUUCAGUCCUAACUAACAGAGGAGGUUUAGUUCAUCCAAUGUGCAGUGUUGCUGAGAUCGAUGAACUUUCAACACUCUUAUAAAUCCCACUCUGUGCAGGUACAGUUAAUAGAGGUAGUGAUGUCGUUGCUAGUGGAUUAGUCGCAAAUGACUGGAGUGCAUUCUGUGGUCUUGACACCACUGCUACUGAACUCUCAGUUGUCGAUGCAGUCUUCAAGCUCACUACUGCUGGCAAGAGCAUUUUCAGCGCUGAGUACAAGGGAACCCUGAUUGAUCAAUUAUCUUGA